AAAAAAAAAAAAAAAAGAAGCGUGAGGGUGCACGAGCGGAAAGCGUGAUGGAUGCACGAGCGGUAAGACUUGCUCAAUCUGCUAGAAACUGAAAUAGUAAUUGAAACUGGAGGCAAGGGUUGAGAGCUUCCGGGCUCCCGCUAAGAUCUGGUUCAAUUUUUCUCCUUCAGUUCGCCGAGUUUUAUGGAUUCUCUUCUUCUCCGGCCCUUCUCCUUCCCUCCCCGGCUACGUUGUUUCUCGUCUCGGGGAGGGUGUUGCGUGCCAACCCAAUAUUCAAUCAACCAAGCAUGUAAGACCACAUCGAGAUGCAGAGUUGGAAGAUCUCAAGGUCGCCUUGUCAGACAGACUCAUGGAAAAUCCACUUAUCAUGGGAGACUGCAUGAGCGUAGUCCCAUUAAUGCGACAUCAGGGCACUCAAUAGGAUCUGAGCCGCCCGAGGCAUAUGAUUCUACAAACACAUGGAAGUCAAUACUAAGUUCAUUCGACGCCUUCUACCGGUUUUCACGGCCCCACACAGUUAUAGGAACGACAAUAAGCAUAUUCUCGGUUUCUCUAUUGGCUAUCAAGGACCUAUCUGAUAUUUCUCCAUUGUUUGUUACUGGAUUGUUGAAGCAGGCAGUUGUGGCUGCACUUUUCAUGAAUGUUUACAUUGUUGGACUAAAUCAGCUAUUUGACAUAGAAAUAGACAAGGUUAAUAAGCCAUAUCUUCCGCUAGCAUCUGGGGAAUAUUCUGUCACAACUGGCAUUGCAAUUGUUUCAGCUUUUGCUGUUAUGAGCUUUUGUGUUGGAUGGGUCGUAGGCUCGUGGCCAUUAUUUUGGGCUCUUUUCAUCAGUUUUAUCCUUGGAACUGCAUACUCCAUCAAUAUACCCUUUUUGAGAUGGAAGAGAUUUGCAGUCGUUGCGGCAUUCUGCAUCCUGGCUGUGCGUGCUGUGAUUGUUCAACUGGCAUUUUUCCUGCACAUGCAGACUUUUGUUUUCAAUAGGCCAGCCAACUUUUCAAGGCCGCUGAUAUUUGCAACUGCUUUCAUGAGCUUCUUCUCUGUUGUUAUAGCAUUGUUCAAGGAUAUACCUGAUAUUGAUGGUGACCGGAUAUUUGGCAUUCAGUCCUUCAGUGUACGUCUGGGUCAAAUGCGGGUAUUUUGGAUUUGUGUAUAUCUCCUUGAGAUGGCUUACAGUGUCGCCAUGGUGAUUGGAGCCACUUCUUCCUGCCUUUGGAGCAAAUUUGUUACUGUUUUGGGCCAUGCAAUCCUUGCUUCAGUCCUCUGGAAUCGUGCUAGAUCUCUUGACUUGAUGAGUAAAGCUGCAAUAACAUCUUUUUACAUGUUUGUUUGGAAGCUCUUUUAUGCUGAAUACUUGCUCAUUCCACUAGUGAGGUGAAAAUGAAAGACUGAAGUUGGCACGUAAGCAGGAUCAGCUUUUUAUGAAUCCAAGGUUCUCAGUUGCCCAAGUUCUCCAUGUCUUUAUCUACUUAUAUUGUGGCCUUAGCAAUAACCAGCAGCCUGUUCUUUGUUUAUAUUCUUCCGUUCCAUCAUGCCAAAUUCAAUCUAGCGAGUUGUCCAUCUACGUGGAUAAGAUUUCAGAGUAUAGAUGUAUGGCUGUUUCUUGUUAAUUUCACGAGGCAGGAGCAAUUCUUACCAAACUUGUUAUCAAAAUUCAAGUCAUUGUGAUGAUAUCAAAGUUUUAUUUGUGUUGAUUUGACUCAUUAAGAAAAUAGAGAAUGAAUGUUCCCUUGAUGGAUUCCUAUUUA